UGGAGGAGCUGAGCGACAGAGCGGACGGGCGCCGGUCGUCUUCCAAUGCUGGGGAGCCGGGAAACAGGAACCGUGGACUGCGGGGAGGCGGCUUCCGGGCCGCAGGGGCCACAGGGGCCGCUGAGCCGGGCACACCGCGGGAAGGAGACGCCUCCCGGCCGUCAAGGGUGUCGUCUCACCGGCCUGGUCAACUGGAGGCAGAGACCCGGCAGGACUUCAGCCCUGUUUGCUGCAGCCAACACGGUGAUCUGGUUCAUGGCCUUCAGCUCUUUCCGAGCCUACAGCCUCCUGGCCGGCCUGCUGGCUCUGCUGGUCCUCGCGGUGACCGCCAGAGACAUCGCUCGAUCCAGAUCCACAGGAGCUCACUUAUGGCGCAGCAUGACUGCAAGCUGGGAGAUAAUUGACUCAGGCCAGGACAGCCGCUCUGGGACUGGACCUGAGCUCAGCGACUCCCUCAACCUCUUCCUCCAGGAGACUUCAGCUUUCAAACAGCAAAACCCUGGCAAGUUUUGCCUGCUGGUUUGCAGUUUCUGCACCUUUUUUGCUGUCUUAGGACGCUACAUUCCAGGGAUUGUUAUCUCAUAUAUUCUAGUGCUGGGCAUUUUCCUGUGGCCUCUGAUCUCAUUUCACGAGGUCGGUUUGUGGCUAAAGCCAGUUCUGCAGAAGCUGGACUUUGGCAUCGGGGAGUUCCUUCGGAAAAUCAAAGAGAAACAUGAGAAGAAAAGGAUGCAGGCUCAGACUGAGAAAGAGGGCAUCGAGUCGGACCUCUCUUCCAUGUUUCCCAAGCUUGACUCCACAGUGUGUAAGGAAAUGUCUGUAUCAGAUACAGAGGUGUCUGACGUGACAUGGACGGACAACGGUACUUUCAACCUGUCAGAAGGACACACACCACAGACUGAGAACUCAGAGGACUUUGACAGAGAAGAAGCGUUCAUUGGAGGCCUUCCAGAAUUCCCCUCAGUUGACAACGGCACAACGACCAAUGGCGAUGAUGACGAUGACUUCAGCCUCGGCCUUCCCUCGCCUUCACCUCAGCUGCCAAUCAAAUCCAAGCAUACAGCCUCUGCUCACGAAGACCAAACCACCGACAAAGCCCUUGAAUUAGUCAACCAGAUGGCGGGCGACUUCAUCACCGCCGCUGUCACGGCUGCCAUGCAGGAGAGAAUAGAAGCAGCGGUUGGCUUCACAGCGCUGAGCUCCGACACCACGCGGUCAAGACUCCCAGAUACCACCAGGCUGCUGGAGCUGGCCGAGGAGUCGGACAGCGAGGUGGAGGACUUUGAGCUGCUGGACCAGUCGGAACUGGAGCAACUGGAGGGGGACCUGGGGCUGGGAGAGGAGAAGGCCCAGGCCAAAGAGGAGGAAGAGAGUGAUCAGCCGGCCUCUUCUGGUUUCUUUGCCAAACUCCUGAGACGCCAUUGAUUGAUGAAAGGUACGAUCCGCGGGGGAGGACGACUUACAGAGGAUGUGUGGACGGGAGAUGGGGGUGUUCUGGUUACAAAGGACUGUUGGGGAUAGUGAGAAAGCAAUGUUUCCAUUUAUCUUUAUCCUGUAGAGCUAUCAUCAACAUUUUAAAACUUGUUAGUUUGUCAAAGGUGAAAGUCAUGUUACUUUAAUCAGAAUCAUCCUAGAUUAAUGCCGUGAUCAGACAACAUGAUAUCGGGCCUAUAAUGGCCCUGGCCCAAUAGACGUGGCUACGAAAUGGGGUGUUGGGUGUCUUGUUUUAUCCUGUGUAGUAUGUGAUACUGAAAAAACUGGGACGCCUCACAACAUCCUGACCUAAAGAGGACUGUGUCAUUCCUUCUUUUACCGAGUUUGACAACACCUACAGCGCGUGCCAUCAAGUUGAUGUGAGCAGAAUGAAAUUCAAGUGAACAGUGUUCACUAAAAAGACAUGUAGGGGGCCUGUGCAAUCUGCAUGUGUCUCUGCAUAUUUAUUUAUUUUUUAACAUUUAUUUGGUUACUUGUGCGCCCCUACAGUUUUUGCCCUUAUUGCCCAGAAGUCAGCUCAGAGCAAAUUUGAUUAGCCUACUGGUCCAUAAUGGUCCGUUAUGAAAUAUAAACAUAUCGUGUAUUCUGAUCCCGGCAUAAAAAUGUUGAUGGUUUAGGGCCUCUUUAGUUGUAAUUAAUUGCAGCAGUUUCAUAUGUCUUUUCAAAGCAACUUUUAUCACCUCAUGACAUUUGAUUGAAAUCACCAGCCACUGCUGCCAAAAUGUCAGCUCACGACACCCCUAACACUCACUUUGACGCUGAAUUGAUUAAUCCAACUACAUUACCCAGAAUUCCACAGGCAUAAAAUCAAAUGACAAUCAAAACACCUUUAAUACUCAAAAUACUACUACUGGUUGGAUAGUUGACUAUGAGGAUUCAAAAAUAGGAAACCUUUUUAUUUUUUUUAUUUCCUUUUUUAAUUUUAUAUGUACUUUUUCAUGAAUCAUUUAUGUGGUCAAUGGGCUUUUAUUUUAUUUUAACAACAUGCAGCAGGUCUCUCAAUACUAUGCAUGGAAAUCUCAACUUGAGCCAUAAAUAUAUUAAAACAUCUAAACAUUUUACUUUCAGUGCUUUCAGACCAAAAAUUUCAAGUGGGCAAAAACCAAAUCCAAAACACUUACCAGACUCAUAUUUUGCUGACAGGUUUGUCUUAAGCUGAGAGGCUCAAUCAACAUUCAGUGGAUAUUUUUUAUUUUUUUGGAGAAAUAUUUCCAAACAAAGUCAGAUGCUGGCCUUGGGAGUUACAUUCCUACAAAGCCACUGCACAAAACUCAUAGUGGAAAAUGGAGUUAAAGCCUCAGGAGCAUCUCAUUUUAAAAUUGUGUCUACUUUCUGGCUUCAUCACUUAGUCAGCUGAUAAAUUGCCCAUUUAAAGCUACAUUAAGCAAAUGUUGACCGAUUGGGGGCAAAAAGUUUGAAGAAAAGUGCAUCGGAAAUAGACAAGACCUACAGCAACAGAAGGGACACUACCUGUAUUGGGACCAGGCUCGACUUAAGUCCCUGGUCAAGUCUCGGCUAGUAGGAACUAAGUAAACCCAUGAAGACCUCUGCUCCUCAGCUGCAACACAUUCUCAUCCCAACACGUCACACCUGACAUUUUGUCAUUGGCGUGAUUUGUCAACGCACUGGGUAGCCUCGUGCUUCAAACUGUGAUGCUCUACUACGGUCGCUGUUUUAAACUUGAGUUUAACAUCGUGACCUUAAACAAAACUACUUGGUUCGGUUCAGGCAACAAAAAAAACCCACUUAGUUAAGGUUAGGAAAAGAUUGUGGGUUGGGUUAAAAUAUGUACGUUUAAGUGACGUGCAGGAAAAGAACGGGACACAAACCGCAGUCUUCUGGGUGAAAGUUCUGUGCUGAUUGACACAACCACCACCCUGACCCCCUUCUUAAGCAGGCUUUGUCACUCUUACUUCUGUGCCACUUGCACUUAGCGUCUAAUAUUGCCUCAUAUGGGUUUGCGGUUUAAAGCCUGUUUCAUGCAGGUGCUCAAGUAUCAGUCGUUAGGACUGAGACAAAGCGUCAGUAUUUGACUCCCUGGGAAUAAGAACAUGCUGCAGUGUCAUAGGAUAAUCGGAUAUUUGACUCAAAAUGAAGUAAAAUUUAGUUUCAGUGCACUGAAAGUGAAAUGUUAUGACGUGGCAUAUUUCCAUUUGCACCUUAAUUAUUAUUUCACAAUGCACCUUCGGAGGGCAGUCUGCUGUGUCAAGUAUCAGUCGUGGAUUCACCGAAUGAAGACGAAGAAUGAUUGAACAUUUACAUGCCUUGUACAUUAAAAUACAUGUUUUUUUAUAAUAAAGACACAGUAAUGUAUAAUGUAUCCUCUUGAAUUAAUCAUUUAAUGCCUUGUAUUAGCAUAACUAAAGAUGACAAUAGAAAUAUUUGUUUAUCAGUGCCUAAGAGGACUUUGUAGUAGAUGCAGUUAAUUUCAAACUCAGAUGUAAUAACUGUUUAAAACUAAAGAAAUGUUCCAACCUCUGAACAAGUGUUUAGGAAGGUUCAUGCUUCACUAAAUAAAUUGAUAAUCCUUUCAAUUUAGUUCAAAAACAUGUUGGUUGGUCAGAACCAAAAUGCAUUUACAAAUGUACUUUUAUGUAAUUAAACUCAAGAAUGUUAAUAAAAUAUUGCAACGCAA